UUUAAAUAUAAUUUUUAUAUUAUUGAAAUUUAAGUUUUAACUUCUUUUUUAUUUAGACUUGAAUAUAUUCACAAAAAUACAUUUGUACAUCGAGAUUUCCAUAGCGGAAAUAUAUUACUUGAUAUAGUUCAAUGGAAAAUUGGGGAUCUAGGAUUAUCACAAUCUAUAAAUGACGAAUCUUCAAAUAAUGAAAUAUAUGGUGUUAUGCCUUAUAUUGCACCAGAAAUAUUUAAAGGGUCUGCAUUUUCUAAAGAAACUGAUAUUUAUAGUUUUGGCAUGGUUAUGUGGGAACUUACAACAGGUUGUAAACCUUUUGCUAAUGUUGAACAUGACCAUAAUCUCAUUUAUAAAAUUCUAGAUGGAGAACGACCAAAAAUUACAGAAGAUACACCAGAAUGUUAUGCCAAUUUAAUGAAAAGUUGUUGGGACCCUAAUCCAAAAAAAAGACCUUCUAUAAAAGAAAUUUAUUCAAAUUUACGUAAGUGGCCUUAUAAAUACGAAGCAGAAUUUGAACAAGCUGAAGUAAAAAGAAACAGAAUGAUAGAAUCAAAGAUGAUUGGUCCUGAAUUUGCUGAAAAAUGUCACCCGGAAGCCAUUUAUACAAGUAGACCAUUAAGUGAUAUAAUUUCUAAAUGUUCAUCCAUUAAUUCAUCCUCAACAAUUUCAUUUGGCGAUAAAGAAGAUUAUAAUUAUAAUUAUAUUUCGAAAGAAAAAGAGCUUGACAUAGACGUUGAAAGGUAUUUGCAAUUAUAUUUUGAAUGUAUUAUAUUGUGUACUAAUUAAUUGAUUUUAAUUGUAAUUUAGUUUAUCAUCACAAAAUAUAACAAUUCAAAAUUCUUCAACCUCAUUAAAAAAGCGAAACAAUGAAGAAUUAAAUCUUGAAACCCAAGAUAAUAGUGGUGUAGGAAAACGUAUUAAAACUAGUUAGCUAUUAAACGACAUCUAGUAGUUGGAAUACGCACGCAAGAUAUACAGUAUAUUGAAUGCCGUGUUUCUAAAAUUUAUCAAUAUCCAUACAUCAUUUCCAUAUAUACUAUCAUAAAUUAUACUUUUAAAUAUUCGUUAUAGUAAAAUUACAUUGAUUUUUUACUUAUUCAGUUUAUAAUAAAUAUCAUUUAUUUUUAUUUUAAGAAAAA